GGCAGCAGCCGGAGCGCCCAGACCCCUGCCGGCCCUCAGGCGCUGGACGCACACAGCCCCUCCGUGCGCCAAGGAGGACAUCGCUUCUAGCCGGCUCCUGGCGGGUGCAAAAAUAUACAACACUUCAUAAUUGCCUGAAGACCACAUAGAGCAAAAAUGAAUGAUAUUUCCCAAAAGGCUGAGAUUAAAGAAAUGCUUGCUUCUGAUGAUGAGGAAGAUGUAUCUUCUAAAAUAGAAAAGGCUUACGUCCCAAAGCUAACAGGAACUGUUAAAGGUAAAUUUGCUGAAAUGGAGAAACAAAGACAAGAGGAACAAAGGAAGAGAACGGAGGAGGAACGAAAACGCAGAAUUGAGCAGGAUAUGUUAGAGAAGAGGAAAAUACAGCGUGAAUUAGCAAAAAAGGCUGAGCAGAUUGAGGACAUAAACAAUACGGGAACUGAAUCAGCAUCAGAGGAAGGAGAUGAGUCGCUACUUGUGACAGUAGUACCUGUCAAAUCACACAAAAUAUCUGGAAAAAUAAAAAAGAAUUUUGAGGAUCUAGAAAAAGAACGAGAAGAAAAAGAAAGAAUUAAGUAUGAAGAAGAUAAAAGAAUAAGAUAUGAAGAACAACGACGAUCUCUGAAGGAAGCAAAGUGUCUUUCAUUGGUCAUGGAUGAUGAAAUAGAAAGUGAGGCAAAAAAGGAAUCAUUUUCUCCUGGAAAAUUGAAACUAACUUUUGAAGAAUUGGAAAGACAAAGACAAGAAAACCGAAAGAGGCAAGCUGAAAAGGAAGCGAGACAACGUUUAGAAGAAGAGAAACGAGCUUUUGAAGAAGCAAGGAGGCAAAUGGUAAAGGAAGAGGAGGAAAACCAAGACACAGAAAAAUUUUUUAAAGAAUACCGCCCUGGUAAACUCAAACUCAGUUUUGAAGAAAUAGAAAGGCAGAGGAGAGAAGACGAAAAAAGAAAAGCAGAAGAAGAAGCCAGAAGAAGAAUUGAGGAAGAAAAGAAGGCAUUUGCUGAAGCAAGGAGGAGCAUGGUAAUAGAUGAUGACUCCCCAGAGAUGUAUAAAACAAUCUCUCAAGAAUCUCUUACACCGGGAAAACUAGAAAUUAAUUUUGAACAAUUAUUAAAACAAAAAAUGGAAGAAGACAAACGGCGAACAGAGGAGGAGCGGAAGCAUAAGCUAGAAAUGGAGAAACAAGAAUUUGAACAACUGAGACAAGAAAUGGGAGAGGAAGAGGAAGAAAGUGAAACCUUUGAACUUAGCAGGGAAUAUGAAGAAUUAAUAAAAUUAAAAAGGAGUGGGUCUAUUCAAGCAAAAAAUCUAAAAAGCAAGUUUGAAAAAAUUGGACAGUUAUCUGAAAAAGAAAUACAGAAGAAGAUAGAAGAAGAACGGGCAAGAAGAAGAGCAAUUGACCUUGAAAUUAAAGAGCGAGAAGCAGAAAAUUUUCAUGAGGAAGAAGAUGUAGAUAUCAAGCCUGCAAAAAAAAGCGAGGCUCCAUUUACUCAUAAAGUGAAUAUGAAAGCUAGAUUUGAACAAAUGGCUAAAGCUAGAGAAGAAGAAGAACAAAGAAGAAUUGAAGAACAAAAGUUCCUACGUAUGCAGUUUGAACAGAAGGAAAUUGAUGCAGCACUGCAGAAGAAAAGAGAAGAGGAUGAUGAUGAUGAGGGAAGCAUCAUGAAUGGCUCCACUAUUGAAGAUGAAGAGCAAACCAGAUCAGGAGCUCCAUGGUUCAAGAAGCCUCUAAAAAACACAUCAGUUGUAGACAGUGAGCCUGUAAGAUUUACUGUUAAAGUAACAGGAGAACCCAAACCAGAAAUCACAUGGUGGUUUGAAGGAGAAAUACUGCAGGAUGGAGAAGACUAUCAAUAUAUUGAAAGAGGAGAAACCUACUGCCUUUACUUACCAGAAACUUUCCCAGAAGAUGAAGGAGAGUAUAUGUGUAAAGCAGUCAACAAUAAAGGCUCUGCAGCUAGUACAUGUAUUCUUACCAUUGAAAGUAAGAAUUAAUCACUCUUUUAAUCUGACUUUUGUAUUUAAAAAGAAAUUCCCUUUAAAAAAAAAAAUCACAUCUCUUCUUCUCUUUUUUAGCUGACGACUACUAGUUCCCUUCCUAACCCUCCCCCUGGAACUUUCUCGCUCUCCAACUUUCUUAUUACAUCCAUCUUUUCUGUGGCGGGGCCAAAAACGAAAACCAGAAGUGCCACUGUGUUGACUUCUUGUUCUUUUUCGUAACAGUCUUCAAAACACAAGCUCCUCUAAAGAAAACGUACUUACUUUACAAAUAAGCACCAGAUUCAUCGCCAUAUCAUGCAGUAGCAGUCAAUAAAUGUGUAUUUAACAGGGAAUUGGGAAAUUUAUUCAUUUAUUUUACUGGACCCUAUUAAAAAGGCUGUGUACUCCCCAUCAGAGUCUACAUCGUUAUGUUUUAAAAAUAAAUAGAAUGCAUUAUUUUGCAUGAAACAAUGGCAUUUAUGGGCUAUUUACCUAAAAUUAGUAUGAAAUAGAUACUGAGUGAAUUUGGACUCUAUCAAUUCGAGUGGGCUUUUUUCCUGAGUAGUGUAUCCUUUUGGUUGUUGUAGUUUCAAAGUCUUUCUGAAGCAGAUAUAUUUUGGUGGAGAGGGGAAAUAAGGAGAGUUAAUUCUUUUAAUAGAAAAGAGGAAACAUGGGAAAAAACAAAAACAAAUUUAAAGUAUGAUUUUCAGAAAUUGCCAGAGAAAAUGUGAGAGAAACCACUGUCUAUACAGAGUUCUAAAUGUUCUAAGUAUUAAAUAUGUAUUUUUAAAAUGUGUGUAAUGUAUAAUGAAAUUUCUAAAGCAAAUUGAUGUUAUCUUGCCUGAACAAAUCAUAUUGUAAUAAGAAAACUUUGUAUGAAUAGUUCAUGCAGGAGAAAACACUUUCAACAUAAUUAAAACUUAAAGGAAAAUUUCUUAAAGAGGAUUUGAUUUAGGAAAAAAUGGCACAACCUUCCGUUUUAAAUUCUGGUCUUUAAAAAGAAUUUGUAAAUAAUUAACUACCAUGAUCUAUUAUCAAGUUGUUUUAUAUUUUAAUAUUCUAGAAGACAAUUAUUUUAUAAUAUAAACCCAAAAUAAAGUAGCUUCUAUAUUAAAAAAAAAAAAAAGGCUUGAGAAGGCAGAUGCUUCCCCCUUUAUCAUUAGAAUUAAAAAGAUUUUGCACACACAUUAAAUGAAAAAUAGUGAAGUGUAAACAGAAAAUUCUUUUUACCGAGUACUACAUGUAGAAAAGAGACAAAACACUUUUUAAUUCAUCAAUGUACAUUUAUUUUUUUAUUGAAGAAACCAUAUAAUCGAUACAAAAUUACAGCCAUCAUGUGUUCUUUUACAUAGAAUACCAUUAAAGCAAGCUCUAAACCAGUUUGUAAAGUAUUCAAUUUACCUCAAGUCCAAGCUGCAUCUCCCUAAGACACUGUUCCCAUCACAGUAGCCAUUUUAAGCCAAUCUUCUUUUUACACACGGGUAGUUUCUGUAGAGAGUGCUUUUCUCAGGACGAAAAUGCAUCGAGCAUGCAUAAGAAAAAAUAUAUAUAUAUGCGCAAAUACAUUUUAGAGCUUCUAAUAGGGGUAUCAUUGAAGAAAAUAAAAAACUGGGAUUUUACUUGCUUUUUAAAAGCACCAAUUUAAAAAUCCCUCAAAAGUUUUUAUAUUGUGGCAGGAAAACUCAAGUGACAUACUAAACAAAAAAUAAAGUUAUUUUUAGAAUCAAAAUUACCUUUAGUUAUUAAGAUGCAUUUUAAAAUGUGGCAGAAUUUGCAGAAAAUAAAAAUUAGACAUCCUCACUGAACUGUAAAUUCUACAUCAUCAUUCUAUACAACAGGUAACUUUCUAGGUAGUACUGGUUUUCCUGGCAAAGUAUUCAAACAAACGAAAUGUUAUCACUUCUGACUAUAUUCCUAUUUUCCUCCGAAGGUACUUCACUACUCCUACCCGAACCCAUCCUUAAAAAUUAACUACGGAGAUAUUUGUUUAAGGAUAUACUUUUAUAAACUGCUAGUAUCAAAUCACUAGUUUUAGUAUUAAAACCGUUUUCAGUAAUUAAAAAAUAAAAGUAUACUUCUUACUUCUAAAAGAAACAUCAAACCAUAAAAAUUCUAAGUAUCACACUAAGGUCUAAAAAAAAAAAAACAAAAACUGUCAAAUUUAAGUGCUAUAUAAAUCAGUUCAAUUUCAAUCUAAACAUUGUUUCUAACACUCCUAACAUCUACUGCAUUCAAAUCAACUGGCUCACCUUUUCUGCUUUCCAUUUAUUUCAAGGUUAAGAUUAGCGCCAUUUAAAAAAUGCUGUAUUAUCAGUGAAGGCUUAUGGUAAUGAAUAAAAAAAUUCUGAGACAGAAUAAUGCCCCAAUAUCUAUUAGCAUUCAUUUAUAUUUUCUAUUAUAAAAAUGCAAACUACAACUAACCAAAGCUUGACAGGCUCUUAAGAUUCAAAGAGCCUUUUUAUAUUAUCAAUUUUAACAUACCUAUCAUUGAUUAUUAAAACACACAUACACACACACACAAAUGUGGUGCAGUCGGUACCUAAAAAAUUGUAACAAUUCAUGGAACAUUUAAGAUCAACUGAAUAGUACUUUAAAAUGAAAAGUGAUCAAAAGCAGGUACAUUAUACCCUAUACCAUAUUAUGUAUGGGAAUACAUUUCAUAUUUCUCAAUUAUGAUUUGCCAAUUUUACCUUCUACAUUGAGCCCUUCUAUGGUCCAUGCUCAUCGGCUCACCAAUGGCAUACACUCAAAGGAUUCCUCUUUAUGGGUAACUAUCUCAGGACCUGAUUUUAUGAGCUAUGAUUUGGUGCUUGCAGCAUCUUCAGCACUGUGUGUGAAAAUGAAGGCAGUAUUUUUGAAUAUUUUUCUUUGUUGUAGAGAUAAGCAGGAGUUUUAAAAGGAUCAGCACAUUUUAGAAAUCGAAUAAACAAAACUGUUAAGAUGCUGCUUUAAUACAUUCAUCUUAACUCAAAAGAGUACCAGCUAAAAUUCUCAGUAAGAACACACAAACAUUUUAAACUGGCAAAAAAAUAAAUGCAGUGUCAGUAUUAUAAAGUAUUAUAAAUCAGAAAAAUAUUGACUGCUAUACAGAUUAUGAAAGCUUAUUUGCUACACAGCUAACAGUUCACUGAUGCACAUGCCUUUUAUCAAAACAUCCUGCCAGUAUUCCUUUUAAGUUUUUUUCCUUUUAAGCAUAUACAAAAGUUAUGAAAACUGAAUUAUCUUUUUUAAAAAAAAUCAUAAUAAAACUCUGACCCACAAUGUCCUUACUGAAUUACUGUAGUUCAAGAAAAAAUAAAGAAUCCAUAGCUUUGGAGGGCAAAGAAAAUAUCCUGUCAAUCAUAUAAACAGAUUGUGAAGGCUGUUGAAGUUUCUGACCAAAUGAUUUCCUCAAUCUUGAAAACUACAUAAUUGCCCUUUCUUAAUUGUAACAAUUCUUCUAUACUUGGGAAAAGAUUACGAAAAGAUUUGGAUGUAGUUCAAUUACAGCAGCAAUCUACUCAUUUCUUUGUUUUAAUAAAAAAAACAAAAACAUUACCCAGAAAUGUAAACAGUUGCUUUAACAACUUACAGACUUUCCACUGAAAUGGUAGCAUAAAGAACAAAAUACAUAUUGGGGAAGCAGUUGCAGAUUGCUUUUGAAUACACAACCACAAAAAUCUCACAGGGACAACAUUAAUGUACUGAAAUAUUUAUUUAUAUAUUUCCUUAGGUUGUGCUUACCUGUUGCUUUUUGCAGCAGAACCUAAGGUGGAAGGUCUGGGAAGGCACUGUGAAGUAUAAAUAAUUGCACUGUUUGCAAUUAAUAAAGAUUUUAAACCUUAAAUGAAUCAAAAUCAACAGCCUCCAUUUUGUGAAUUAUGAUACUGAAUCCAACUGAACUAUUUUUUAAGUUUAAAAAACGCACCACUUUCCUAAAAGGUCAUCUAUAAAGCAGUAUCAUGCAAAAUUCUGAAAUUGUUCAAGUCAACACCCUGCUCUAGAGAUAGAUAACUAACUCCUUAACUAUUAAUUUCAAACUAAAACUACAUAUCUGGAUCUAAAUAUGGGUAAGGGAAGUCACUCCAGGUUCUAUAAAAACAAUCAAAAACAUUUCUAAAUAGCUAUAAUGAACUGUACUGCUACAUUCCACCCUGUAGGUAAUCUCAACAUUUAUGUCCUUGUACAUCUUCCUUUUAAAGUAUAUUCAAAGCAACAAAUGGUGCUCCCUAUCAAAGAACUGACAUAUAUUUAUGAAAUGGCAUUAAAACCGCUACAUCGCUUAUUAUCUGCAAACUGAAAACCACUUCUGUCUGAUACAUUUCAAAUCUUUCAUAUUAAUAUACAAGAUAUGCAUACUUUACAUGGAAAAACAAUUACUUUAGGAGCACCAGCGAGUAACAGUAUUUAACUUUGUUAAUGAUCAGUUUUCUUUAGCUAUAGCUAAAGCAUAUCAAAAAUACUUACCCAUUAAGCUCACUUAAAAAUAAAAUACAGACCUACAUAUUAAUCUAUGUUAAAUUAAGAAGCAGUUAUGGUUUUCCAAGAUAUCAGCACUGUAUUCCAACAUAAUAUUCACACAACGUAUGGCAUUUGCAUUAUGUGGAACAUUGACAAAAAGAUACUGUUGCAGUUCAUCAAUUUGUCAUUCUGAUGUACUUACAGUGCAAUGCUCCUUGAAGGAACACAAUCAAGGAUGAUACACAGCACAGUCCUCCUCACCCCUACAGAGCUAGUUCUAUACUGGCUGGAUCAAACCUGCACUUCAACAGACAAUGGCAAGACAGACUGUAUUUGCAUGUAGUCUAAUAUAUUAAUAUGCAAAGAGCCAACAAAUAUGCAAAGAGUAAAAACAAUGGAUUUCAACAAAAUAUCAGAACUUCAGCAUGAGUGUUAAAGAGUAAUAAAAUGAUUUCAAGUACAUAAAAAAAUUAAGUUGAUUCAAUGAUUGGACUUGUGCAUUUACAAAACAAAGCUUAUCUAUACUGCAAAAUGAAAAAAAAAAAAAAGCUUGAAAGUUUUUAUCCCCAUUUUGUUUCAA